AUGGGUGUUGGUCAGUUGAACGGGGGUGAGGGUGUGGUCGGAGAUGAAGAAGACGAAGAUGUUUCUAUAUGUUGUAGAGGUCAAAAUGGAGAAGCCACAGGAGCAACUGGAUUUCAUGGUAGAAUGAGUACUACCAAUGGAGGAAUCGAAGGUGGCAUUAUAUCUAGUAGUGGUGGUUGGGCUGGCGGCGGUUGGGCUGGUGGCGGUGGAGAUUUUGGAGGUGGUGGCGGUGGUGGAGGUGGAGGUGGUGACUGUGGUGGUGGCGGUGGUGGUGGAGGUGGUGGCGGUGGCGGUGGAGGUGGCGGUUGUGGAUGA